AACACUUGCAAGUGAAGUUGGAAAUAAACUCUUCAGAAAAGAAAAUUCGAUUUUAGUUUAAAAUGGCUAUGCAACCGCAUUCAAAAAAGCGCGUCUGCUAUUAUUAUGAUAGUGACAUCGGUAACUAUUACUAUGGGCAAGGUCAUCCCAUGAAGCCUCAUCGUAUACGUAUGACACAUAACUUACUCUUAAAUUAUGGACUUUACCGGAAAAUGGAGAUUUAUCGUCCACACAAAGCUACUCAAGAUGAAAUGACGAAAUUUCACUCGGACGAGUAUAUUCGAUUUCUACGAUCAAUUCGUCCUGAUAAUAUGAACGAAUACAGCAAACAAAUGCAGCGAUUCAAUGUUGGUGAAGAUUGUCCUGUGUUUGAUGGCCUCUAUGAAUUUUGUCAAUUAUCGGCUGGGGGAUCAGUGGCGUCUGCUGUGAAAUUGAACAAACAAGCGUCAGAAAUUUGCAUUAAUUGGGGAGGUGGACUUCAUCAUGCAAAGAAAUCCGAAGCCUCUGGAUUUUGCUAUGUUAACGACAUUGUCCUCGGUAUAUUGGAGCUGCUGAAAUAUCAUCAACGAGUUCUCUAUAUCGACAUUGAUGUUCAUCAUGGUGACGGAGUUGAAGAAGCCUUUUUCACAACUGAUCGUGUCAUGACAGCAAGUUUCCACAAAUAUGGAGAAUACUUCCCGGGGACAGGAGAUUUACGAGAUAUUGGAGCUGGAAAAGGAAAAUAUUACGCUGUUAAUGUCCCAUUAAGAGAUGGAAUGGAUGAUGAGUCUUACGACUCAAUCUUCGUUCCAAUUAUGACAAAAGUUAUGGAGACAUUCCAACCUUCAGCUGUUGUCUUGCAAUGUGGAGCUGACUCACUUACAGGUGAUCGUUUAGGUUGCUUCAAUCUCACAGUUAAAGGUCAUGGAAAAUGUGUGGAAUUCAUCAAGAAAUAUAAUUUACCUUUCAUGAUGCUUGGAGGUGGUGGCUACACAAUCAGAAAUGUUUCCCGAUGCUGGACUUAUGAAACAUCAGUUGCACUUGGAGUUGAAAUCGCAAACGAAUUACCAUACAACGAUUACUUCGAAUAUUUUGGACCCGACUUUAAACUUCACAUUUCUCCUUCAAACAUGACAAAUCUUAACACGUCAGACUAUCUCGAAAAGGUCAAGUCUCGGCUAUUUGAAAACUUGAGAAUGUUACCACAUGCACCGGGUGUUCAGGUUCAGCCUAUUCCAGAGGAUGGAAUUAAAAUGGAUGUUGACGAUCAAGACGGUGCUGCUGAUGGAGAUACUGAAGCUGAAAAGGAUGAACGAGCUCCUCAAUCGGAGAAGGACAAGAGAAUUAUUCCAGACAAUGAUUUUUCAGACUCAGAAGACGAAGGGCCAACAGGUGACGGACGUAAAAACAGGGAAUCUUUUAAGAAUCCCAGAAAGAAGCAGCGCACUGAUUCAAAGAACACAGCAGAAACAGCAGAAAAAGAUGUUGUCAAAGACGAGAAACCUGCCGAAGAGAAACCUGCUGAAACUAAACCUGAAGUUUCACCUCCAACAGAGAAAAAAGAAGAGAACGGAACAGUCGCAAAGAAAGAAGAAACAAAUGAACCAGCACCUCCAGUAGCUGCUGCUGAGACUUAAAUUUUAAACUGAUCAAUAAUUCCAAUUUCUAACAUGCAAGUUAAUUUUUUCUCAUUAAUAUAGGUUCAAUAUAAUUUUCAUUUAAAUACUUUUUUCUUAUUUUAACUUAAAAUGUAAGAUUAAAAGUCAAAUCAGAUAUGACUUUUUAUUGUCGUAAAUAAAUUAUGAAAUGAAAAAUAAUAUA